UGGAUUUGGGCAACUUCAGUCACAGUUAACUGUUCACUGUGAACCGCAGGACUAAAGCGACGCCACAGAGUUACAGAUUUACUACAGUGUAAAAGGCUGUGAGUCAGAGCUGAGCGUCUGCAGAUCAGAGGCAGGUUUACCAAACAGCUGGACGAGACUGCUGAUUCUUCUGAGCAGAGAAGCCCGCAGCUGGUGACCUGAGCAGCCUGAAGAUGUUGGCUCUGAGGACAUUUGUCCUGCUGGGGCUGAGCUGGACAUGUCAAGCUGUUCCUGGUGAUCCGUGGGGCCAGUGUCCAGUCAACAGAAAGUGUAAGGACAAGUUUGCAGACGGGUCAUGUGACAAAGCGUGUACGGAGCCCGAGUGUCUCAGAGACGGCUUCGAUUGCCUGAAGGACAGGAGCCACUGCAAUCCUGGCCACAUCCAGUACUGCCGCGAUCACUACGCCAACUCCCACUGCGAGCAAGGCUGCGACAAUGCCCCCUGUGGAUGGGACGGCAGCGACUGCUUCACACACCAGAGCCCCCUGUGGGCCAAAGGCACCCUGGUCCUUCACGCCGGCGUCCCACAACGUGGCACCUUCUCCAACAGCUCCCUGCUCUGGGCACUCAGCGUCCUCCUCCAGUCGCCACUCAAACUGAGAGGCUCUGCCCCCUUCCCUACUAACAGGAACUUGUUUGACUUUGACCCUGUGCAGCUUGCCAACCUGCUGACUCAGGCAUCACCAUCUGACUCAAAUGGCUCCCUCUUUUUCCUCCAAGUCGACAACAGGCCAUGUUCCCAUCUGCCUUCUACAUGUUUCCCCUAUGCCACCGAGGCAGCCAGUUUCCUGCGUGCUUUAAUGUUGCUCAAGCCUGGCUCGUUCCCCACCCUCCCGGAGCUGCACACUGUCAUCAGUAUUAGAGGUGUCCGAGAGGAAAUAGGAAGCAGAGAGGAGGAAACCGGGAUAAAGGAAGUCAAAGAGCCUACCCCUGCGUGGCUAUGGGCCGUUAUUGCCAUAGCGAUUGGCCUGCCACUGCUGCUGGCCCUAGUGGUGUUCUUGGUGGUGAGGAGGGUGAGGCAGCAGCGGGCGAAGAGGGAAGGGGGUAACAGGGUGAGACACCGGUCCACAGUCACAGACAAUGACCCCAAAUCCAAGGCCUUGACACCGCACGCAGCCCACCAAGAGCAGAGGGUCAGAUCCAGCAGAGAGAAAGAGAAGAUCAGCUUGAGGAAAAAGAAGAAAGCAAAGGAAGCCGAGAAAAAGAGAAGGAGGGAACCGCUGGGGGAGGAUGCCAUUCAUAUGCGACCUCUCAAAAGGGACCAGGAUAUAGGAAGUGAUACAGACUUUACCCAGAGUUCAAUGGAAGACAUCAAUGCUAGAUGCUCCAGGCGGCAAGAGGACGCUACCAUCUGUGACCACAGGAGCCAGGAGCAGAAACACUACCGGGCUGGAACCUCACAGCCCCGCAGACCUGUGCAAGCUCCACCUAGAGGAUGGGAUAGAAAUGCCAUGCCUCCUCCUCUGCUCAGUCCCCCGCAGCAGUCGGCAGAGUGGUGUGGCCCGGAUGGGUCUGUGGUUCUGAUCCGAGCAGUGCGCAGCGGGCUGGACAGAGUGGUCUUGGAGCUGCUGCGAGCAGGCGUGCCUGUCAACAACACCGAUCAUACUGGGAGAUCAGCCCUGCACUGGGCAUGCUCAGUAAACCACCUCUCCCUAACAAGAACCCUCAUUCGCUAUGGGGCCGCUGUGGACUUGCAAGACAACAAGGGUGAGACAGCACUCUUCCUCUCCGCCCUCCAUGGUUGCUAUGAUACGUGCAGACUCCUCCUCCUUCAUGGUGCCAACCUUGACCUUCAUGAUCGUAGAGGACGUCGUCCAGUGGACGUGGCCAGAGAGAGCAUGCAUCACCAGGUCCUGGAACUCCUAUUGGCUCACCAAAUUCAGAGAGGGCCUGUUCCCGUCGACUCGGCCAAUGACAUGAUGUGGGAGGAGCGUUCUCUGAUGUACUCGCCAUGGGUCGGCUCACAAGCCAUGCCCGGAAGAAGUGCCUCCUUCUCUGGGAUCAUAGGGCAUCGAGAUAUGACCCCGCCUCAACAAAAUGAUUGGUCGAUGAGCCGAGUCCAGUACCCCUCCCCUCAGAACUGGCGGCCACAGCUCAACCAAUCAGCAACAGCGCUGGUCCCUCCAAGAAUCAUGGGCCGCUCCCCUCGGCCAAUCAGCACCUUACAGGAGGUGACCUCAGAAGACGAGGAUCGUGACAGGCAUCAGGAAGUUCCGAGAGCUGCAACACCUCACUUCCUGUCACCCCAGCCUGCCCCUCGGCAGCGUUCCUUUUCCUGCACCCAGCAAGCAUUGCAGCGGCGCUCCAGUGCCCACCAGCCAGAGCCCAACUAUAUUAUUGUGACAGACAGAACAGCCAAUGACCCCAUAGAAAGAGUGGUUGUUUCACCUCCCACAGAUGCUGCCACCCAAUCAGAUCGCCAGCCAGUUAUAAAUGCUGACAAUCCUAGUAGAGCGGAACUAGCAGCGGUGAGUUCAGCAAAUUCAGAGCAGAAAUCCAGAGGUGAGAGGUCAAACAACACUACUGACUCCACGCAAACAGCCUUGUAGAGAAAGAAGAUGUAAAAAGACUUACAAUUAAGCUACAUUGACAGAGAGGCACUGAGUUUUAGGUUGACAUGGUGUAUUUUGUUGUUAAGCCCAAUGCAAACCAGAAGGCUUACAUAGAGGCCCAAAUCUGGAUCAUUUCAGGAGCUUAAUUAUUAUCCAGUAUGCAUAUGUUGGGUGUCACCUGAGGAUUUGCUUGUUAGCUUACCUAUUUGUUAGAUUUUUGUCAAAUGAAUACAUAGCAGCACUUGUAGAUUUUCCUUCCCAAAGCACCUCCGAGUUUUCACCCAGCCUUGCCUAAAUUAUUACUAUUAUUAUAUUUUAUACUAGGGAGGUAUUGUUCCUUGUAAAUUUUCUCUUAAAAGGCACUGUCAAAUAAGUAAUAUUACAAUAUUUGUGAGAUGAAUGCCAGUAAAAUGUGGGGAAUAUUGCAGUGACCCUGAAACUACUUCAUCUUGUGAAUCUUGUUGCCACGUGACACGUGAUACAUGACACUCUUGAUAUUGUAAAGGUUGUAUUCUGAUUAUUGCAGAAACAACCAAGAAGAAUUUUUAAAGGUGUGCAUGGCUGCACAAAGAUCAGAAUCCUGCUGCCUGCAAUAAAGUGGCUUUUUUUUGCA